GAGGAUUUCCUUUGAAACAAGGGUGCCUGGGUGGGCCACUCCGCAGAUGUCUGAAUAUUUGAAAUUCUUCCUCAGUACUGUAAUGUAUAAUUUCAAGAACCAGCAGCACAGAGCCAGAAGUUGGUUUUGUUCUCCUUUGAGGAGAAUUGGUUCCCAGCAGAUGCCCUGAAUUACUUCACCUUUUGUCUUUCAUUCUUCUUCCUACCAAAUAAUUCAACUCUGUCAUUUGCUAUAUGCUCGCUGAUGACGCUGGAAAUGGUUCAGGUAUAAAAUGAGCCUCUCUGCUUCUUAUCUACACGAUACCAUUUUGGCUCUGCCAGCCACUCUAUCAGGUCUCCUUUUCCAUCUGCAGGCUCUGUCAUUUCAUGUCACCUCUUGCUCAUUUCCCAGACACUCAGGUAUAUUUAUCCUGUUUCAAAGCUGUCUCAUCCUGUUAUAGUUUAUGCUCUAAAAGCACUUGCUAGGUUACUUGAGGUAAACUGAAGCUCUUUACACUUCUCUGUCCAACCUGGUGAAUCUAGGAAAGUUUAAAGCACAGCUUCUUGACUGGAGACCAACUCAAUCACCAUCGUCUCUACUCCUAACCAUUAUUUCAGUGCUUUGUUAAUUCUGUUCUUCCCAUUUCUUCCCCACAGCCCAAGCUCUGCUCUUUGACUGAUGGGGCAAAAAGCAGUGAUAGAGUUUUGUGAACACUUUCUUCUAAAGGGUGGCAGAAGGAGCCCUCCCCUCCCUCCCUCUGCCAUGCAGAUGUAACAGCACUGAUCUGAGUGGUAAAUAAUGUCUGUUUAUGCAUUACUGGGUGCCCCAUUCUAGUGCAUUGUGUUUAGAAUAGAAUAGUUUCAGUUGGACUCAAUAAUCUUUGUUGGUAGGUCCCUUCCAGCUGGCAGACUACUCUGGAACUGAACCAAAGUUAAAUUACGUUGAAGGGCGUUAUCCAAAUGCCUCUUAAUCAUGGACAGCCAUCUCUCUAUGAAGUCAGUUCUAGUGUCUAACUACUUUCAUAGUAAAUAAGUUAUUCCUGAUGUCCAGUCUGAACCUCCCCUAACACAGCUUUGUGCCAUUGCUGUGCAUCCUGCUGCUGAUACCAGGGAGGAAAGAUGAACGCUUCGCUUCCUCACAAAGUUGUGCAGAGCAGUGAGGUGACACCUCAACCUCUCCUGCAGGCUUCACACACAGUGUCCUCAGGUGCUUCUCAUAGGACAUUCAUUCCUACCCUUUUACCAGCUUUGUUGUGUUCCUCUGGACACAUUCAAGCAUCUUAACACCCUCUUUAAAUUGAGAACAGCACACAGUAUUCGAAGUGAGGCCAGACCAAUGGUAAAUAUGUGAGAAUCUCCCCUUUUGAGUGGCUGUUUGUACUGUGUUUAAUGCACCCCAGAAUACAUAGGUUCAGACUGAGACUGCUGUCAAGCAGCUCUCCAACCACUUAUCUCCCAGUCCAAACCUGUGUGCAGCACUACUCUGUUCCUAUGAAAACGCACUGUGCUUUUUUGCUGGUCCUGGGGAUUUCUCACAACUCCACGCUCCUGGCUUUUGUUCAGGGUUACCAGCCUCUUCCUUGAGCAACUCUCACUGCCGUCUUCAUGGCUUUUGGUCUCGCCCUCUAAUCAAAACACUCCUUAAACCUAAAACAGAAAUGAUUAGGAAGGCUUAGGAAACAGCAAAAGCUUCACAAGAUUAAAUGCUACUGCUUCCUGCUGCCCUCAGGGAGCUCAACCAUCCUGCAGUGCCAACCCUGCAGCACCAAAACACGGCACUAAAUCUUCCUGAGCAAUGAAGAUUUCAGUGCAGUGCAGUGUAGGGAAGAGCAGGAGACUGACUGAUAGGGAAAAGAUGAAAAUGACUAAAUAUACACCUCUUGGCCAAGCGAGUGCUAAGAAGCGAUGCAACAACCACACAGAGGAGCACAAAGAACUCAGUGUGUCAGAGUUUGUGGUGUCACUGAUGUCCAUAACCAGGGUGAGGGUGGUGGGAAGGGCUCAAAGACUGAGGUGCAAGGAGCAGGGAUGGCAGCAGGUGAUGGCAUCCAUUUAGAAUGCAGGUGAGAAUUGUCCUGUGGCUGCAAAGCGACCGAGCCAUUAUAGCCAUGGGUCUUAAAUCCCUGUGAAAGGGAUGCAAGUGAAAUUUGUACUGACCUUAAAAGGGACAGGAGGACAGGUGUGUGAUGAGCAGCUGUGGAAAUUGGGAUGGGUCAGGUUGGAAAAGAGGAGGCUGAGGGGAGAGCUGAUAUCCUCAAGUAUCUGUAAGGUGAUUGUGGGAGCAGGGCUGACAGCUGACAGGACGUGGCCUCGAGUGUCACCAGGGGAGGUUUAGGUUGGAUGUGAGGAAAAACUUCUCCACAGAAAGGGUCGUUAAGCGCCGGGAUGGGCUCCCCAGGAGGUGUUGGAGUCACCACCCCUGGAUGCGUUCAAAAUCCGUCCGGAUGCUCGGGGCCGCGAUUUAGCGGAGCGCUGUCAGAGUUCCGUACGCUUAAACUGCGGUGGAUUUGACGAUCCUGAAGGUCUUUUCCAACAAAUCACAGCGGCUGCGAAGCACGAAGGCACGUUUUUUCCUCUCACCCCUCGGGGCCUCGCGGGCGGGCGGAGCCCUUCCCUCAGCCCGGCUCCUCCCGCCGCGGCCAUGGCGGAGCGGCGCCGCUGAGCGCUCGGCCCAUGGCGGUUCCCGGCGCGGCUCCGUCGCGGCUGGCGCUGGCCCUGGCCGCCUUGGCAGCGCUGGCCGCCGUUAAGUAUUACCGAGACGCCGAGGCCGCCCGGCAGCAGGAGCUGGCGCUGAAGUCUUUGGGCAGUGAGGGGCUGUUUCUCUUUUCUUCUCUGGACACAAACAACGAUCUGUACCUCAGCCCAGAAGAGUUCAAGCCCAUAGCUGAGAAGCUGACAGGAGUUACUCCGGUCUCAGACUUUGAAGAGGAUGUGCCUGAUCCAAAUGGGGAGACCUUGUCCAUUGUGGCUAAAUUCCAGCCUUUGGUCAUGGAAACGAUGACAAAGAGCAAAGAUGGUUUCUUGGGAAUCUCUCACGUUGCUCUUUCUGGGCUGAGGAAUUGGACUGCUCCUGUGUCCCCUAAGAGUGUGAUGCUUGCCAGACAGUUUAAAGCCUUUCUUCCUCCAAAGAAUAAACUUGAUCUUGGCGAUCCGUGGUGGAUAAUUCCUAGUGAAUUGAACAUCUUCACUGGAUAUCUUUCCAACAACAGGUUUUACCCUCCACCUCCCAAAGGCAAAGAGAUCAUAAUCCACAGGCUUCUGAGCAUGUUCCACCCACGCCCCUUCGUCAAAACCCGCUUUGCUCCCCAAGGAUCCGUGGCCUGUAUCCAAGCCAUCAGCACCUACUACUAUACCAUAGCAUUCAGGAUCCAUGCUGAGUUCCAGCUGAACGAGCCACCAGACUUCCCCUUCUGGUUUUCCCCAGGCCAGUUCACAGGUUACAUUGUCCUCUCCAAGGAUUCUUCUCACGUGCGAGAGUUUAAGCUCUUUGUCCCUAACAAGAGGUCUCUGAAUGUUGAUAUGGAGUGGCUGUAUGGAGCGAGUGAAGGCAGCAACAUGGAAGUGGAUAUAGGUUACCUGCCUCAGAUGGAGCUGGAAUCCACAGGGCCCUCAGUCCCCUCUAUGAUCUAUGAUGAGAAUGGAAAUGUGAUUGACAGCAGGGAUCCCUCAGGGGAGCCUAUUCAGUUUGUGUUUGAAGAGAUAACCUGGCAGCAGGAAAUCUCCUGGGAAGAGGCAGCCCAGAAGCUGGAAGUGGCCAUGUAUCCAUUUAAGAAGGUCUCCUAUCUUCCCUUCACAGAAGCUUUUGAGAGAGCAAAAGCAGAAAAGAAGCUGGUGCACUCAAUCCUGCUGUGGGGUGCCCUGGAUGACCAGUCCUGCUGAGGUUCAGGGCGAACUCUCCGGGAGACUGUCCUGGAAAGUUCGCCCAUCCUCGCCCUGCUGAAUGAGAGCUUCAUUAGCAGCUGGUCACUUGUAAAGGAGCUGGAAGAGCUGCAGACAAACAGGGAGAAUGAGUUCUACAGCAAGCUGGCUGACCUGCACCUUGAAAAAUACAACUUCCCUGUGGAAAUGAUCAUCUGCCUUCCCAACGGCACGGUGAUUCACCAUAUCAACGCCAACUACUUCCUGGAUAUUACUUCUAUGAAGCCUGAAGAUGUUGAAAGUAGUAUCUUUAGUUUCUCAUCCAAUUUUGAUGACCCUUCUACUGCAACUUACCUCCAGUUUCUGAAGGAAGGACUGCAAAGAGCAAAGGCUUACUUGCAGAACUAAAACCAAAGGCACCCGAAUGCCUCAUGGAGUUGGCCAAACACUUCAGACAUCCAUGUCAAUUGCAGCAGUUCUUCCUCAUCUUUGUGCCAUGCAUUGAUGUUAAGAUGCAGACAAUUCCAGAACUGGGGCUUUUCCGUGGAUGAUCUGGAGAUGUUGGUUCAAGGCUAAACUUUCAAGUGAUACCAGUUUAUGUCAUCUGCCCUUUUGAGUUCGGGCAAGUUUUUACAGGAGUGAAAAUACUUGGAUCUAUAAACAUUCUUUGAGCAUACAUCUUGCCACCCUCAUAUUCUUCCACCUCCUGUUCAGACUCUGGGAUGAAACUCUUUUUACAGCCAUACCAAGCAUCACCAGGAAACAUCUGAUCUCAAGGGCUGCACUGUCUGUUGAGUUACAGAGAACAGCACUGCUGUGAUGACUGAACAAUCAUGAUGCACACCUGUGCUGUGUGGGCAAAUGCACAGAAUCCAGUGCAGACAGCAAGAUCCUCCUUGGGCAGCUGGUGUGUGCCGUGCUUCCUGCCAGCAGCACUGAGCUAUAAGCUGCUCUGUGGCAUGGAUCCCAGUUCUUUGUGAUAGCAUUAUUGACAGCAGUGGCAACCUGUGUGUAAUGGGACUGUAGCUGAGGUGGAAGUAGGAAGAUCUAGCUGCUGGCUUGAUCUCUGAAGUAGCCUCCUCCCAGCUUCCUGGGAUGGUUAUCCUGAGUGACAUGGUGCAAGAGCUGUAUCACUCAGUCUUUGCAGCUGAUGGAGAUGGUGAGGUUGAUGUGGUGCAAUUAGGAGUGGAGAAUGGGGCAUAAGAGGUAUGGUGCAGCUCAGAGGUGUUAGGUAUAGAUUAACUGGGGACUAAGGGCCAGAGCCUCUGGCAGUGAGCUCCACCUGUCAUAGGGUGCCUACAGGCUAUGGGACACUGUAAUAAUCUGUGCCCCCAUCCUAUUCAGACCAAAGCUACUCCCACCCCACCUGUUUUGAGAGCUUUGUUCUCCCAGUGUGUCAUCAGCAGUGACAAAAUACUCAGUGCAUGUUUGCUCUGAUUUUCCAAGUCAUGCUGAAUAAUGAACUGUGAUAAAGUUACCUUUAGGAAGGGGAUAUUCAGCCUUAUCCUGAGAGUUUUGAAUGGUUUAGAAUGGACCAGUUUUAAAGAAACUGCCAAGAGCAUUUCCCAAGGAAGGAACUGUUUGGACAGAGUGCCGAUUACUCUUAUCUAUAAACAUCCUGAGCAGUUGUUCCUCCUCUGUGCCAAUGGCUGACUGCACAGUGAGUGAAAUUUAGGGAAGGAAGGGUAAAAGAAAUGGUGUUGUAAGCAGAUUCCUGUAGAUAGGUGAGACAAAGCAUCUUCAAAAGAUGGCUGCAAGCAGCCCUUUCUGUUGAUGCUUUUUCUGCUCUCUGAAGCACAGUUUUGUUGGACCAAAUCCAAAGUUGGGGGGGAAGGGGGUACUUUCAUUCUGGGCAUCAGGACCUGGAAGGGAUGCUGGGGUCAUGAUUCACAGAACCACAGAAUGGAUAACAUUGGAAAGGAUUUCUGGAGGUCAUGGGGCUGAGGUUAGAUGGACCUUUGAACAACUCAGUGUAGUGUAGCUAAUUGCUCUAAGUGAGAUUAAUUACCUGUGGGAUGUUUCCUAGUAUUGGCUUUUUAACUAUGCAUUAGUUCCACGCUUUUCUAGCCCUCCAAGUGACCUGCAGUAAUUACAGGUUUGAAUUACAUACAGGCAGUGCUUUCAGUGGUGGCUGUGGAAAGUGUCAAAGCUUCCAGACAGCGUUAAAGAGACCACGAGACAAGUCACCAUGGCAGCUCAGCCCCCUCUGACCCUUCUGGGGACUUUGAACCAAGGCAAGAGGGACAGAGCAGAGGGCCUACCUCCAUCCAGCACUUUGGGAAGCACUGCUUUAGUUUUAUCUGCUCUUACAGCUUUUUUGGAGCUUCACCUGAGGGCUUUUGUUCAUUUCUCACUUUUUGUUAGCCUUUUAGUCUGGACUUCAAACCAGCACACACGUGUGUAUUCAUUCCAUUUAUUUCUCUUUUGACUGGUUUUGCAGCAGAAGGGGCCAGAGAGAGCAGUGGCUGAGCACUCAGGGUUGUCUCCUCAAGGCUUGGAGAAUCAGGUACAGCAGCAGUUCUGCAAAGCUAGGCAACAGCAGGCAGAGGAGGGACCGGAGCCCCUCUCCCUGGUGCUGUGAGCACAGCAAGAAGGGAUUCGGCUGCAUUGAAGCAGGAGGAGCACAAACAACCAUCCUUAGCCUAGAGCAAUCUGGAGAAUCCUGGAUUCAGCAGUGUCCUCGUGUUAACUCAUGAUCCACAAGACAUCCCGAUCAACCUGUCACCUUCCACCCACUGCUGUGAGUGGGCUCUGGACAGACUCUUAUCUGAGGACUUUUUUUUUUAAUACCUGCCAAGCGUUUUCUCUUAUAUUUGUAAUCUUACUAUAUUUUUCAGUAAGCUUGUUAUAUUCCAAAGGGGGAGGGCGAUGCUGCUUUUCACAAUCUCCUGUGCUUCGUGACGUUCUGGCCUUAAAUCCACAAACGGGUCAGAGCUGAUGUCUGCCAGCAGCACUUCGUGGGAAAGCAGCGCUGCUCCGCCUCUGGAUCUGCGUGCGCCGGUGCCGCUCGGUGUGACGGGCUGUCCGGGCCGCGUGUAGCCGCGUUCCUUAAACAGAUCCCACCAGCUCA